AUGGGUCAGCAGUCCAAAAGGACGUGUGCACCGACGCCUCAGGUCAUCCCGUCGUCGCUGCCUCAAUUCCUUCCGCCGUUGAUGCCGCAUCUCGUCCCGACGUCGGUGCCACACCUUGUCCCGCCGCUGUCGGCGCCACACCUCGUCCCGCCGCCACGCCAGCCCGGACCAGGUGCCUCGAUUCCUCCACAGCCACCAAAGGCAGCGGCAGCCUCUGCACCAUGCUGGCUCCCCCAGACGCAAGGCCCUUUGUGUUACACGAAUGUUGAUGAUCUGAAUCCAGAAGCAUGGGUAGUAGAUUCUCACCCACCUGGUGGGUUCCUUGGUUUUUUUAAGAACACGCCAAGCCUUUCACAAGCUGUGAGCAAUGGGACUUUAUCGCAACAAAUCAAGAAAGGAGAUGCCACCAAUGGUGGCGAGUGUGCAAGGACUGAAAAGCGCUUGCUGUGGACAAAAGAGGAAGAUCUUAGAUUCGUUGGUGCUUGGUUGAAUAAUUCAAACAAUCCAAUCCAAUCAAAUUACAAGAAGAACGACCAAUACUGGAAUGAAGUUGCUGCUGUCUACAAUAGUACCACCCCCCAAAACAGGGAAAGGCUAGUCAAGCAAGUGAAGGAUCGCUUUGGGAGAAUUAAGAAAAGGGUUGCAUGGUUUUGUGGGAGUUACAAGGAAGCUAGUGCACUGUAUGCUAGUGGUGAAUCUGAUGCUGAUUUAAAGAAGAGGGCAAUGCAAACUUAUGAGGCAGAUCACCCAGAAGACGGUCCAUUUAUGUUUGAGCAUUGUUGGGUAGUUCUAAAAGAGCAACCAAAAUGGGAUGCAUAUUUGGAACGCCUGGAAUAUGUGGAGCCGGACAAGAGGAAGUUUAGUGUUGAUGAUGAAGUGGGGCAACGUUUCACUCUAGAUGAUGAUAAAGAGGAACAUCCACCGGGUGGCAAGACAGCUAAAGGAAACGAAAAACAAAGGACGAAGGUUGUAUAA